AACAUCGUUGCUUCUUGAAAUUCUGUCGUUUAUGGUGGCGGAAUCAUUUUCGUUUGUGUCAAUUUCUGUCUCCUGAUUAGAUUCGAACUUCUGGAAAACGUACGUUACAUGAUAAAAUUGUGGUCUGCUUUUUGCAUUCGAAUAAUCGUUGCUAAGAGUGGAUUGUUGCUGUGAACGAAGAAGGAAAUCGAGAGAGAACUGAAUAUGGGUCGUUACAGAAGUCGUAGUCGUGACAGAGAUAGGAGACGUAGAUCUCGUAGUAGAUCUCGUAGCAGAUCACCAAGGGACAGAAGAAAUUGGGGCAGCAGUGGUGGCAGAGACAGAGGAGGUGGAAGGAACAGUCGAGGUCAACCCGGAGCAAACUUAAGGAAACCUCGAUGGGAUCUGAGUAGAUUAGAGCCCUUCAAAAAAGAUUUUUAUGUGCCACAUGAGGCAGUUCAAAAUCGGGAUCUGCGCAUAGUCGAGCAGUAUCGGAGCGAGAAGGAGAUUACUCUUAAAGGAAAAAAUAUACCCAAUCCUGUAUUCACAUUUGAGGAGACAGGUUUCCCAGACUAUGUUCUAAAAGAGAUUAAACGACAAGGUUUCACCGAGCCCACGUCGAUACAAGCGCAGGGCUGGCCGAUUGCUUUAAGCGGACGAGACAUGGUAGGAAUCGCAUCUACUGGUUCCGGAAAAACUCUGUCUUACAUACUCCCCGCGAUCGUUCACAUCAACAGUCAACCAAAAUUGGGUAGAAAAGACGGGCCGAUCGCGUUGGUGUUAGCUCCGACACGGGAGCUCGCACAACAGAUCCAACAAGUAGCCGACGAUUUUGGCCAUUCCUCCGGCAUCCGAAAUACUUGCUUGUACGGAGGAGCACCAAAAGGCGCGCAGGCUAGAGAUUUGGAUGGUGGCGUGGAAAUCGUAAUAGCCACACCCGGCAGAUUAUUAGAUUUCCUCGAAUCAGGACGUACGAACUUGAAGAGAUGCACCUAUCUGGUCCUAGACGAGGCAGACAGAAUGUUGGACAUGGGCUUCGAGCCUCAAAUUAGGAAGAUUAUAGAACAGAUAAGACCGGAUCGGCAAACCUUAAUGUGGUCUGCUACUUGGCCUAAGGAAGUGAAGAACUUGGCUGAGGACUUCUUAAAAGAUUAUGCUCAAAUAAACGUCGGUUCGCUUCAGUUAGCUGCGAAUCACAACAUUUUGCAGAUCAUCGACGUCUGUCAGGAUUACGAAAAGGAAAACAAGUUGAGCACACUUCUCAAAGAAAUAAUGGCGGAAAGCGAAAACAAAACUAUAGUAUUUAUCGAAACGAAACGCCGAGUAGACGAGAUAACCAGAAAAAUGAAGAGAGAUGGCUGGCCGGCCGUUUGUAUACAUGGGGACAAGACGCAACAAGAAAGAGAUUGGGUUUUACAAGAUUUCAGAUCGGGGAAAGCGCCGAUUCUUGUCGCUACAGAUGUUGCCGCGCGCGGUCUUGACGUUGAAGACGUCAAGUUUGUCAUCAAUUUUGACUAUCCCUCCUGUUCAGAGGAUUACGUUCACCGUAUCGGCCGAACGGGUCGACGGCAAAAAACUGGUACAGCAUAUACCUUUUUUACACCUAAUAAUUCGAAUAAGGCUAACGACCUGAUCCAGGUACUAAAAGAAGCGAAUCAGGUGAUCAAUCCGAAGCUGUUAGAGCUCGCCGAUAGUAAAAGCGGAGGAUACGGAAGGCACAGAGGUGGAAGGAACAGAUGGCGGUCACGAGGUGGCCGUAACGGGAAAGACCGUAGCUACUCGAGAAGUCGAAGCCGAAGUCACAGUAGGGAACACAACGGGCGUAAUAAUCGUCGAAGUUACAGCAGAAGUUAUUCCCGAAGUCGCAGCCCGGUUAGCAAUCGUACAGACUCGUACGUUUCCAGAAGUUAUCGGUAAAAGUUACUGGAGCAGUGAGAGAUGAUCUUCCACGAGCAGUUAAGGACCAAGCUAAUCAAUCGCCCAUGAAACACGUUUCAUUUAUCUUUUUUUACGUCUCUUUUAAAUGUAUGUACACUGUCGAAAGGAAUAACGAUUAUUCUUUCCACGUAAUCGCUUUCUGUGCGACGCGUUACGUGCUUUUUUAUAGAGAUAUAACGCGAACGAACGAGAGCAUCUUUCUUCAAAAUGUAACGCAAAGAUGAUCCGGUUAAAUAAGGAAAUGGGGCAGGGAGACGAGUUUACGAAAUUCUUUUCGUAUACAGCUGUUCUCGAAUAUUUCUGUAAUAAAUGUUUUGUUUUUAAGCGCUGAAUCGCAACCAUAACGGAUGUGUAUAGUACAUAAGAUAAUAUGAGAAUCAUUAUUAUACAUAUUCGUGUAUCACGCAAGACAUUGGUAACUGGAUGAAAAAAGAACUAAAUAUAUAAGAACUGAAGCAACUUUUCACUUUGAUAAAAAUUAGUUUUCUUCGUAAACAUCUCGCCUAAUUAUCGUUGUUAGAACAUUCGACGAUACUUAAGUUCACGAUGUUAUUAUGUUUUAAACAGAAAUCGCACCGAAUAAAUGGUACACACUCAUAAAUCUGUAAAAGUUUGUAGCCUGACGAUAUUAAUUGUAGAUGUUUAGUGCUUAGAUUAAUUCGUACACGUAUUCUUGAGCAUUUAACAAAACCGAUGGAAUGUACAGUAUUUAACAGAAAGUGUAAUAAAUAAAUUUAUUAACUAUUUGGGAA